AUGCUUCCGAGGGCAUUCCGCCAAUUCGGCCCUUUGCCCAGUAGAGUCAGAUUUCUGCCCGGCAACAGAAUCAUCUUUAGUCCAGCUACCACCGUCCACUCUCCGCCCCAGCAUUCGAUCCAGCCAGCAACCCCUUUCACCACAAAGACGGGGCUUCUACACCAAAGGAUCUUGGAUGAUGACUGGCCUCUCCUGCGACCCUCAAAACGUGUUCCUACUAUGGAAACAACCUGUAACCGAGCUGAUAAUCUAGAACGUCUUCUUCAAAAAGAUGGGUUCAAGACAUGGGGCUUUGUUAUUUACCGCUGCACCUACGACAGUGACCUUGACUGGCAAAAAUUUCUAGACUUCUAUAUGAGCGGAGUAAAGGCAUCGCUAAAAUUCUAUGGUGGUCUUGAUCUACUGGAUAGUUUUGCGCCUACAGUCCUUGAGGAUCCUUCGUUUAAAAGUGCGAAGGUCACCGAACUGCGUGAGCAUUUCAAUACAUGGGCCCUGGAGGCAAUGCAGCGAGAACAAAAUAUCACUGUUGCAAGGGCUCAUAAGUAUUAUCCUUAUUCAGGACGAUAUCGGUUCUUCAUUAUGGUAGACCAAGCUGCCUUACAAUCUGUGUUAAAUGCGCCAGAUAAGAAAUUGCGGAAGAAAGCAUUUGUUCGGCUGGUAAACACGGAAUGGGAGCCUCAGGUUCUAGAUGAGGAUGAAAUCGAGGCGCUUGGUGGUCCGCUAGACGAGUUUGAGCCUCUGGAGGGAUGCACACUAGAAGAUGUUGGGUGGAUGCUGAUGCCAUUUAAUCAAGCCGGGCUUACUGCGUUCCACCAUGUGAGAGAUACUGUUGAUUUUGAUUUUUAUUAUUGUCGGCCUCCAGAAAUGCAGUCAUUGACGCUUUUCGAACGUAUCCUGAUUGAAGGAUUUGAGGCUAGCUGA